AUGCUUAUUGAACUGAAUAUUUGGUGGAUUCUUUUGUUCCUGGUUUAUUCAACCAAAUACAUUGACGCUGUAAUUGAUUAUGGAGAGAAGGCAGGAAAAAUUCGUGAUGAACAAUUCCAAAUUCAGUUUGAGCAAGAUUACAUUUUAAACAAUAAGCUCGUUGAAAAUCCGCGUCGAACACUUCAAAAUUUUGAACCAUUAGCUUCGUCGAUGUCGCAGUCUGGACCAAUAAUGCAUGGAGGCCGUCCGGCUGUUCCAACUGAUCCAAAUUCGCCAAGAGAUCAUAAACAACCAUUGAGUAAUUACACCAAAGAAGAUUCUGUAGCACCAUAUUAUUAUCCACCCCGUGAACGUUUUCCAUUACCACAGUGUUUUCAUAACCCAACAGGUUAUGUAUGCUGUAGUACACGUUUAAAUGAACUUAUGGUUGAUACAUACACAACGUUGGAAGCAAAUCCAAAGUUUCAUAUAUGCAACAUUGGUGCAGUUGCACAUACAAUGCAAACUAAGUCAACUCUUUUUUUUUUUUUUUUUGCUGCAUAA